ACAAAUCAUAUCAUCCUCUCUUAUCUUUCUUUCCUUGCUUCAUACAAUCUCUCCAAAUUCUACAUCUCUCUCUCUGUAUACUCUUCUUCAAAAAGGCUCCACCAGUCCAAAAUGAUGAUGAGGAAACCGGACAUCACUACGAUCAGAGACAAGGGCAAGCCAAAUCAUGCAUGUGGUGGUAAUAACAACAAACCGAAGCUAAGAAAAGGACUUUGGUCGCCUGAUGAAGAUGAGAAGCUCAUAAGAUACAUGUUGACUAAUGGACAAGGAUGUUGGAGUGACAUUGCUAGAAAUGCUGGUCUUUUACGUUGUGGUAAAAGUUGUCGCCUUCGCUGGAUCAAUUACUUGAGGCCUGAUCUUAAACGUGGCUCCUUCUCUCCUCAAGAAGAGGAUCUCAUCUUCCAUUUGCAUUCAAUUCUUGGUAACAGGUGGUCUCAAAUAGCUACUCGGCUUCCAGGUAGGACAGACAACGAGAUCAAAAACUUUUGGAACUCGACAUUGAAGAAGAGGCUUAAGAAUAACAACAACAACAACAACAAUACUUCAUCAGGAUCAUCACCUAACAAUAGUAAUAGUAAUUCCUUAGACCCAAGAGAUCAACAUGUGGAUAUGGGAGGCAACUCAGCUCCAUUGAUGGAUGGCUAUCACCAUGAUGACAACAUGAUGAUAGUGGGGAACACAAUGCGCAUGGAAUCUUCUUCCUCAUUCAAUUUUGCACCAGUGGUUAAUAGUGUGGGCUUAAACCAGCUUGAUGAUCCCCUCAUGAUAUCAGUACCAGAUAACCAAUAUCACCAAAUGGGAAACACAGGGAAUGUGUUCAACGUUAAUGGCUUAGGAGAUUAUGGAAACACAAUUCUUGAUCCAUUUAGCAAGAGAGUAUCAGUAGAAGGUGAUUGGUUUCUUCCCCCAUCGGAGAAUACCAAUGUCAUUGCUUGUAGUACAAGCAACAACCUAAACUUACAAGUCCUCGAUCCUUGCUUCAAUAGCAAAAAUGUUUGUCAUUCAGAAAGUUUCAAGGUAGGAAAUGUGUUGGGGAUAGAGAAUGGUUCUUGGGAAAUAGAAAACCCUAAAAUAGGAGAUUGGGAUUUGGAUGGUCUCAUCGAUAACAACUCUUCUUUCCCCUUCCUUGAUUUCCAAGUCGACUGACAAAUUCUCUCUCUCCCUUUCAUUCAUCUUCUUUUACUCAUUCCUCCUUAUUCAUUCUUAUAUACAUUUUUUUUAACAUGAAGUUUAUCGAUCUCUAUCCUAAAAAAGUUUCAUUUUUUUUUGGCAAAAAGUCUUGAUUGGUAUAUUCUCUUCUUGUCCCUUUGUUUUCCCCAUCAUAUGUCUAUUAUUCACAAUAUAUAAUAUUGUUCAUG